AGAAAAUAAAAGUCAUCUCUUAACAAUACCUUAUUCGUUUGUUCUUUUUGUCCUUUGAGUAAAAUAUGUCAGGAAAAGCUUUGAAUAUUGGUGAUCAAUUUCCAAACUUUCAGGCUGAAACUAGCCGCGGAAAGAUUGAUUUUUAUGAAUGGAUGGAGGAUUCAUGGGCUAUUUUAUUUUCUCAUCCCGCCGAUUAUACACCGGUUUGCACAACAGAACUAUCACGUGUAGCUGAACUAUUACCGGAAUUUGCUAAACGCAAUGUAAAGCCUAUUGCUUUAUCCUGUGAUACAGUAGAUUCUCACAAUGGUUGGAUUGAGGAUAUUAAAAGUUAUGGCAAGUUAUCUUCAUUUGAUUACCCCAUAAUUGCUGAUGACAAAAGGGAAUUAGCUUUAAUGUUCAAUAUGUUGGACAAAGAUGAAUUAAAUGCUCAGGGUAUACCACUGACAUGUCGUGCCGUUUUUAUAAUUGACAACAAUAAGAAGUUGCGUUUGUCUAUUUUAUACCCGGCAACGACGGGUAGGAAUUUUGAUGAAAUUUUAAGAGUAAUAGACUCUUUACAGCUGACCAGCACAAAAUCCGUAGCAACGCCUGCAGAUUGGAAGCAAGGCGGAACCUGCAUGAUAUUGCCUAAUUUAUCUGAUCAACAAGUGUUGGAAAAGUUUCCAAAUGGUUACACCACUGUUGACGUGCCAUCUGGCAAGAAAUAUCUGCGUCAGACUAACCAGCCCUGAAUGAACCAUUCCUUCAAAUAUAAAUUCACAAGUUAAUUUUUUUUAUUAAAUAUAUGCAUUUGUUUUUAAAAUAAAAUAUAAAAGAUACAUAAAAUGUAAGCGUAAAUUAAAUAUAUAAAUUGUAUUUUUUA